AUGUCCUUCAAGGUCAUGGUGCGCGUCGGCGUGCCGCUGGUCCUCGGAUCCGCGGGCUACGCCGCCUCGCGCGUCGACUGGCAAACGGCCGUUCGCGCCUUUCUCACCGGCCCUGGGCGCACCUCGCGCAUUCUCCUCCUCAUCUUUGUCCUCUUCAACAUGAAGAACAUGCCCUUUGUCUGGACCUAUCGCAUCUUCUACCCCAUCAUCCACCACAACGUCAUCCGUCCCGCGCCCGAGCUCGGCCCCCGCGCCCUCUACCGGCACAUCAUCACGCGCACGCGCGCGCCGCUCCUCGAGAUCGACUACAACCUGCACAAGUCCAACUCGACGUACUUUGCCGACCUCGACUCGUCGCGCACGCAGCUCGUCUCGUACCUCUGCCGGCCGGGGCUGGCCAAGCUCGCGUCCAACCCGCGCUUCAAGGUCGUGCUCGACCCCAAGACGGGCAGGCCCGCGCGGGGCUCGCUCGGCAUCAUGCUCGGCUCCGUCUCGUGCAGCUUCAAGCGCGAGAUUGGCGCCUACCGCUCCUACGAGAUGUGGAGCCGUAUCCUCUGCUGGGACCGCAAGUGGGCGUACAUUGUGACGCACUUCCUGCCGGCGGGCGCCGCGCGGCCGACCGAGUGGCUCGACCCAGGGUUCGCGGGGUGCCGCGUCCGAAGGGGCCAGGACGCCUCGGGCGGCUGGGAGAGCAAGAUUCACGCCACGGCCAUCAGCAAGUACGUCUUCAAGCUCGGCCGGCUGACGGUGCACCCGGCGGUGGUGUUUGAGGCGAGCGGGCUGUUGCCACCGCGCCCGGGUGGCUGGGUGAGCGGUGAGAACCACAUUGGCGAUGAGUCGGCUGAUCUGGGCCCUGUUGAUUUCGAGGCGGACGGCGAGUGCACGUGGCAGCGCGUUGAGGCGGCGCGACGCCGGGGCAUGGCGACGGCGCAUCACGUCCAGGAACUGGAGUCACUGCAUGGCACGUUUGAUGGCGGUAACAACGGCGCCAUUGCUGUGUACUAA